AUGGAUACGAGAAAGCCAUCAACGAUGAGUCCAUUUUCUGUAAAUAUUUAGAGAAGAAAAAUCGCAGAAAUUUCGUCUUCUCUUCUCCCCACGAAUAGGUCCACCCGCCACACGACAUUAGGGUCUUUGGUGACUGGCUAAUCGUUAACAGUGAAAGGCUUCGACGCCGUCACUGGCUCAACAGUGAGGCAGCUAGUUACACCAUGGUUUAGCAGAAGCACAUCGACACCAUCCGAGAAGGAGGGGACAGUGGUGGGGGAUUGAAAACCACAGGGUUCGUAGUCAUACACGCCGUAUAUUGGAGGAAGCUAGGGGUAGGCACUGAAAGCCUGCAAUAGCUCCGAAAAGCCAUCCCCUUCCCCUCUUUCCCUGCAUUCUCAUAUUCUUCGCCCCUACGUAUCAUUCUAUGUGCAGAGGAUCGACUACGCCGACAACAUGGCGAUUCAAGCGAAGAUCGAAGAUUCCAAGCGGAAGCUCCGUGAUGGUUAUGAAAAAGACGGAAACAGUGAGUAAAUUUCUAGUUUAUGUAGUAAUAUAAGAACCCGCUUCUAUUUUUGGAGUCGGCGACGGGGCGUUAACUGGUUUUUCUCGGGGAGUGCAGUGAAGAAGAUGAGGACCGUACAAGUCAUGACGCCGCAGGACGCACCCAAAUCAGGGCCCGACCCCAGGAGAUCACGGCGCUGGUGUUAAGCAGCUUUACGUCCAUUGACUUUCAAGGCAGAGCUUCUUUUUUUCUCUCUUCCUCUGCGUCUCGAAUUUCCAGAAUGUUUAUAGCAGAGAAGGAGACGAUUGUUGUCUCAUCUCAUGUGAUGAUGGUUUGAUCCAUUGCUUUAGUCGUUGACUAAUCCAAGUGAAUCCGCCUACUGCUUUACAUUACGAUGAACUGUACUUGAUUGGUAGAUAGAGGUAUAUAGAUUGAUCUUUUUAUAAGAUAGGGAUUUCGUUAAUGAAUUGGUCAUGGACACAGGCAGCAAGCAACGCCAUGGUUUUAUCAGAAGCACGUCCACACCAACCGAGAAGAAGGAAGGGGGGGCAGGGGAUUGAUAACCUUAUCGACCAUAGUUGAUAGAUAGAUGGAAGGAAAGAUAGAAGCAUGCAAAGCAUGUAGUGAGUGGUGGGAGGGAUUUAGGGCUCCUCGUGGUCGGCAUCUGCUUCCUCGUCCUCGUCGUAGUCGCCGUCGUCUUCGGCGGUGGCGUCCUGGUACUGCUGGUACUCGGAGACCAGGUCGUUCAUGUUGCUCUCGGCCUCCGUGAACUCCAUCUCGUCCAUGCCCUCGCCGGUGUACCAGUGGAGGAAGGCCUUGCGGCGGAACAUGGCGGUGAACUGCUCGCUGACCCGGUGGAACAUCUCCUGGAUGGAGGUGGAGUUGCCGAUGAAGGUGGAGGCCAUGGAGAGCCCCCGAGGGGCCAUGUCGCAGACGCUGGACUUGACGUUGUUGGGGAUCCACUCCACGAAGUAGGACGAGUUCUUGUUCUGCACGUUGAUCAUCUGCUCGUCCACCUCCUUGGUGCUCAUCUUCCCCCUGAACAUGGCAGAGGCGGUCAGGUAGCGCCCGUGGCGGGGGUCGGCGGCGCACAUCAUGUUCUUGGCGUCCCACAUCUGCUGCGUCAGCUCCGGGACGGUCAACGCCCGGUACUGCUGCGAGCCACGGGAAGUCAGCGGGGCGAAGCCCACCAUGAAGAAGUGGAGCCGGGGGAAUGGGAUCAGGUUCACGGCGAGCUUCCGGAGGUCGGAGUUCAGCUGUCCGGGGAAACGGAGGCAGCAGGUGACGCCGCUCAUGGUGGCAGAUAUCAGGUGGUUCAGGUCGCCAACUGCGAAAGCAAACCCACACAGAGAACCAGCAGAAGAAGAUGGGGGAUUUAGCCAUUUGUGGGUAUAUGAUAGCUAAUAAAUGAUGACGGAGAAGCAUUGAGGUUGAGGGAGGAGGCUCACAGCUGGGGGUCGUGAGCUUCAGCGUCCGGAAACAGAUGUCAUAGAGGGCCUCGUUGUCAAGCACCAUGCACUCAUCCGCAUUCUCCACCAGCUGAUGGACGGAGAGCGUCGCAUUGUAAGGCUCCACCACUGUGUCUGAGACCUUGGGAGAUGGGAAGACAGAGAAGGUGAGCAUCAUCCGAUCGGGGUACUCCUCUCUGAUCUUCGAGAUGAGCAGUGUUCCCAUGCCGGAGCCAGUUCCUCCACCGAGAGAGUGGCACACCUGGAAACCUGAACUCAGGGAAGCAGCAAAACUGGUCUCAAAAGACAGUUCUUGAUACAGGCGCUGAACACAAAAUCCCCCCUUGCCCAGUUCAAGGCGGGAGUUAAGGUCCAAGGUGACUAGCUCGAACAGAAAAUUUUCAUAGACACUAACUAAUAAAGAAGAGAACUCUGGGAAGAGCAGGAACCAUUAUGGUGUACAGUUUCGUGGAUUAUUUCUUAAUGAUAAAUCCAGCACUAGAGCAAGUAAUAAAAACUAAGUCACCGCACUGAGACCACAGAAAUUUUCACGCGCGCACACACACGUACAAAUUUAAGUCGCGUUUGCAUUGGAGACUAAAUAUACCUUGAAGGCAAUCGCAGUUUUCUGCUUCCUUUCUGACAACAUCAAGAACAGAGUCAAUGAGUUCUGCACCCUCAGUGUAAUGCCCCUUUGCCCAGUUGUUUCCAGCACCAGACUGCCCAAAUACAAAGUUAUCCGGACGGAAUAUCUGCCCAUAUGGACCAGUGCGGACGCUGUCCAUGGUACCCGGCUCCAGAUCCAUGAGAACAGCCCUAGGAACAAAUCUACCACAAGAUGCCUCGUUGUAGUAGACAUUAACACGUUCGAGUUGCACGCCGGAUUUUCCAGUGUAUCUCCCAGUGGGGUCGAUACCAUGCUCAUCACAUACUACUUCCCAGAACUUGGAUCCAAUCUGAUUACCACACUGACCACCCUGGAUGUGGAGGAUUUCCCUCAUCUUAACCUGAUAACAGAAAUAGGCAGAAGAGCAUAA